AUGAAUGUCCUCAUGAGCUUCAUUUUCUGUCAAUUUGUGAACAACACAGACCAGGACUGUGGAACAAGUCAAGAUUCCAUUGGAAUUGAGGGUGAUAAGGUUUUUUCAAAGAAGCAUGCCCGACCAGCUCCAACAGAUGGGAAAGACAACAUCACCAUCUUCACUAGGAUCCUUGACCGCCUGUUGGAUGGGUAUGACAACAGGCUAAGACCCGGCCUUGGAGCUGAAAGUGUGACGGAAGUGAAAACGGACAUCUACGUCACAAGCUUUGGUCCAGUGUCUGACACAGACAUGGAGUAUACCGUCGAUGUGUUUUUCCGUCAGAGCUGGAGAGAUGAACGGCUCAAAUUUAAAGGGCCUAUGCGCAUUUUGCCACUGAACAACCUCCUGGCUAGCAAGAUCUGGACUCCAGACACCUUCUUUCACAAUGGGAAGAAGUCAGUGGCACAUAACAUGACCACUCCAAACAAGCUGUUGAGGCUGGUGGACAAUGGUACCUUGCUCUACACCAUGCGACUGACGAUAAACGCUGAAUGUCCGAUGCACCUGGAGGACUUCCCCAUGGAUGCACACGCCUGCCCGUUGAAAUUUGGCAGCUAUGCCUACACCAACUCGGAGGUGAUAUACGUCUGGACUCACGGACAGGGCAACUCAGUAGUGGUGGCCGAGGACGGAUCAAGAUUGAACCAGUAUGAUCUGUUAGGACAGACAGUUGGCACAGAGAUCAUCCGGUCAAACACAGGUGAAUACAUCGUCAUGACCACACACUUCCACCUAAAGAGGAAGAUUGGUUACUUUGUGAUCCAGACCUACCUGCCCUGCAUCAUGACUGUCAUACUCUCGCAGGUCUCCUUCUGGCUGAACAGGGAAUCAGUCCCUGCACGCACUGUCUUUGGGGUCACCACAGUACUGACGAUGACCACGCUGAGCAUCAGUGCCAGGAACUCCUUACCAAAGGUUGCCUACGCGACCGCCAUGGACUGGUUCAUCGCUGUGUGCUACGCGUUUGUCUUCUCAGCUCUCAUCGAAUUUGCUACUGUCAACUACUUCACCAAGAGGAGCUGGCCUUGGGAUGGAAGGAAAGCCAUGGAAGCUCAGGAGCUGAAGAAAAGAGAGCCGGUAACUCUAGCGAAGAAAACCAACAACACAUACAAUAUUGUGGGGACGACCUACACGCUGAACAUCACCAAGGAUCCUGGGCUAGCCACCAUAGCGAAGAGUGCAGGGGCUCACGCCAAGCUGGGCAAGGUCGAGGAGAAGCUGCUGGAGAGCAAGAAGACUUACAACAGUGUCAGCAAGGUUGACAAAAUGUCCCGGAUCAUCUUCCCUGUUCUCUUUGUAAUCUUCAACUUGGUUUACUGGGCCACAUACGUCAACAGGGAGCCAAUAAUUAAAGGCAUGAUUCCCCAGAAAUAG